AUGAGCUUCUGCUCAUAUUCCUCUCUCGAGAGAAAGCCUCUGGGGUCUUCUGGCAAUCAUUCUGUGACAACUAUUCAUGAUAUUUUCCUUUGGGAGCUCAUUGGUGGCUCUGAGGUCAAGCCUCACUCUCAUCUCUACAUGGUGUUUCUUCAGAUCUGGACUCCAGAGAAGUAUCUGCCUGAACUUUGUUCCCUGGGAGCCUACAAUUUCAAAGUGCAAGAAAGGACUCAACAGUAUAUUCCCCUCAUGAGAAGAGCUAUCCCCGACAAAGCCUACAAUAAGAAGACUAUUUCUAACAAUACCAUGUUACUGCUGUUAUGGCACAGAGUUCCACUGGUUCUUGGAGCUGUGAAAAGGAAGGAGAAGUGUGAUCCCAUGACUGUGUCUGAAACACCUUUCCUCUCCCCUCCAGCUGAAGAGCUGUGGUGGUGA